AUGAAAGGCGCGGAAGCGCCUCCUCGUGACCCCAGGAUAUUGUUCUCAUUUAACACCAAAGAAGAUAUUCGACAGUACGCGACGGGAUGUGACGCGGACAUUGGCGGCAACUCAACAGUGCAUCUCGACUUGGACGAGAACCCACAACACAACAGCAGCAUUGGAAAGGCUGCGACUGGCGUGUUUUGGGGAGAGAUGCGGCUAGACGUGAAGCCCGGGAUGGAGAAGAAGAUCAGAGGUGGGUAUGCUGGGUUUCGCAAUAUGAACAGACCGACCAUCUUUGGAAACAUGAUGGAAGACGUAUCAAACCACCACUUUCUUGCUUUGCGUUUGCGCGUAGCUGGGGAUCCGCGAACACAUAAUUCGUACUAUGUGAACCUCCAAACUGACGGCCCUAUUUCCACCGACCUAUGGCAGCAUAGACUCUUUUUCCGAAGGCGUGACAACACAUGGGAAGAUAUCUUUAUACCGUUUGACAACUUUGUACGCACCAACUCGGGCGAGAUGUCCGAAAAUCAAAUUAAAAUGUAUCGGGAAAAAAUUCGAAGUGUGGGUAUAUCGUUAUUGGGCGGUAACAGUGCUGUUACGGGCAAAUUUGAGCUGGGGAUUGACACAAUACGUGCGGUAAAUGAAGAGGACCUUGGAGCGACAAGUGUUUCCCCGCAUUCUCCCUGAAUUCAAAUUGUCCAGACGAGGGAUCGGAAAAAUUAGAAUCGUAGUUCGAACAUCGCAUGUGUGAUAAAACACUGACCAUCCCCGUUGGAAUGAUACGCAUACCUCACCCG